AUGUGGGGCGGGCUUCCCAACAGCUUCACCUUCAACUUCUUCAAGACUCUGCCAUCCUCUUACACCAAAAUCUUACUGCAAAUUCCCACGAUGCCCACUGAUCGAGACUCUGAAGACCAAGAUCGCAACAAGAAGCCUGACAAUAUGCCCCACGAGGAGAGCGAGAGCAACCCGUUCGUCGCCUUCCGUCGCUUUGCCGAUGAACAAGUCUCCUCCGUCUUACAAUCCAUCACUGGUCUCCCUUCCGCCGUGUCGCCUCCCCAGCCAGACCACUGGACUAUCUUCACCGAUGAUAAAGCCUACAACAGCAUGAAAUUCCGACAGCGAGACGGCACCAGCGCAAAUAAUGCGGGGGAUCAGAACUAUACGUCAGGUGGAAGCGCCGGUGGUAGUUCGUCCGGAAAUCGGGACGACGACGACAAACCUUCUGAUAACAACGGCGGCACCCCCGUUUCAAAUUCAUCCCAAUCGCGACCACCCACAGAAACAGACUCCAAGACGUCGCAGUCGCGCCAACGUUGGUCCAACGAACCCUCCGACCCGCUUAGCCUCGACGCGCUCUCCUUCCCCCUCUUCUCACAGCCCUUUCGUACAAACUUUACAUUUUCCAUGCCAUCAUUCUUUCAGCACUUCGACGACAAAUGGCCUCUGAAUUAUAUCACAUUCAGCCCCUACUCCCCUCUACAUCUCGAACGGCAAGCACGCGAACGGGCGCGCCACGGAAAGGCCGUGUUUUCAUCCCUCGUGUCCUCUUUCCGGGAAGAGUCGGACCGUGAUCUCAAUGAACCACAAUGGCGGGAAGCCUUUGAAGACCUCCUCCGAGUAGAAAACGGGAUGUCGCUGUUGGACCGCGACAGGUUGAUCGCCGGUAGGACCGAGAGCGAAUGGGACUGGCUGAAAGGGCUAGUCAAGCGGGGCAGUAUGGGGAGCGGAUUCCAACUGGUUUCUGGCCCGAGCAUGGACGGAGUCUUGGGAAUUCAAGGCGCUGAAACCUACCGAGACAGAUUCUCAGAGGCUGCGGAAGCAGAAGCGGACGACGAGCUGGCCUUGUACGAGCGCUUCAUGCAGGAUCUUGAGGCUUGGGGGCGAGAUUUCUCCGAGACGUUUGACAGAAGUCAUAUCCUGCGCUCUCUUGUUGAAAAUCGCCAACACAGAAAUCAACUCGAGGAGUUGUAUCAGUCCGACUUCCCUCGUGGCUUACCUCCACUCGAGGACAAACAAGGUGACGACGAUAACGAGAGCUGGCUCGAUCUUGUCUCAGGCGGCAAUCGCAAAUCUGUGCCUGAGACUCCAGUCGACUCUGCUCCUUCAGACGGAUCCUCAUCAUCUCAUAUCAUCUCCACCAUGUCUCGGACAGAAAGAACACGGCUCCCCGAUGGCUCGGUCCAAACUAAGAAAGUUGUGACGAAACGUUAUGCCGACGGCCGCGAAGAGACGGAUUCCUCCGUCGAGACGACUCAUCCUCGUUCUGAAAACGCAGAUUCUUCGAGCUCGGGGGAAAGCGAGUCCAAGCCGAACACUGGUUGGUUCUGGAAGGAAUGA